AUGUUUCGCCUCCGACCCACCCGCUCGCCCCUGCUAAGCGAGAAUCUUCAAAUUGUCACCCGUUCCCAACGACUGACCAGCGAACGAUCAUCAGCCAGCAACGGACGAAUAUCGCAACCAACCCUGACGGGUAAGACCAUUACCCUCGAUGUCGAGUCGUCCGACACGAUCGACAACGUCAAGGCCAAGAUCCAGGACAAGGAGGGCAUUCCCCCGGACCAGCAGCGUCUGAUCUUCGCCGGAAAGCAGCUCGAAGAUGGCCGCACUCUGAGCGACUACAACAUCCAGAAGGAGUCCACCCUUCACCUGGUCCUCCGUCUCCGUGGUGGUAUCAUUGAGCCCUCCCUGAAGGCUCUGGCCUCCAAGUACAACUGCGAGAAGUCCAUCUGCCGCAAGUGCUACGCUCGUCUCCCCCCGCGUGCCACCAACUGCCGUAAGAAGAAGUGCGGUCACACCAACCAGCUGCGCCCCAAGAAGAAGCUGAAGUAA